AUGGCAAGCGAGCGUGAAGAAACCUCCACAACAAGCUCUGAUAAGCGUCAGCGCUACAUCCGUGUAUAUUUUGACAACAUAUUCACGAAGGAGAAGCAAGAAGAGCUCGAGCGAUUGCUCGUCCAGUUUCAAGCUGACAACUGUUUACCACACCGAUUCGUUGAGAAAGGUUCUACAGUGCGCCAGUUCACGUUUCUUAACAGAGCCUGUGCCACCGCCCUUCCAAAACGAAAAGAAAUGACUCGGAUCCUCGACAAAUACAGUCACGUGGAAGAAGAAGAGCAGCUGGUUGCUCUCAAGCACAGGAUGACUUCCAGUGCUAUUUUCGGGACUAUCUUCACUUUUGGACUAUUUUCGACUGGAUCGACGGACGAUGGUCUCGCAAUUGGAGAACAAAUGGAGUCUGUGAUGCAGGAUGUGACAGCGAAAGGGUGUGAAAUUGGAGCGGUUGUACGCGAUGAUGCUGGGCAAUGUGAUCGAGCGCGCCGCAUUUUAGCACUUCGUCACUCUCGUAUUGCCUUUAUCCACGGCUUCGCUCACGACAUUAACAACUUGGUUAAAUCAGUUUUAAACACGUCAUUUCGCACACUGACAAAACAAGCAUCCCUUGCUACGGUAACGCUGAAUGCCUCGUCUUUCAAGUGGUUAGUAAGGGCCCAAGCUCUAGGAUCUAGCGCAUACUAA